GCAUGGGCGUUUGCUACAGAGUAUUCACACCUGUACUUAAUUUAGCUGUCUGUCAAUCAAUGAACACCACCAAGGCUCCCAGUGGUGUUUAAAAGUGAAUCCUGUUUGUUUCUAUACGAUCAAUCAUGGAUGAAGAUUCAGCAUUGGAUGACCCAAUUGAAAAUGUACCAAGCCCAUCCUACCUCUCCUCCUUGAGCCAACCGGAGAAGGAUGUCGGGAAAGAUCUGGAUCUCAGCGUCCUUACGGAAGAGACCAGUGGAAAUGCUGCUUCUAACGCUAACAUGACACAAGACAGUGGCUUCUUCGAUGCCUAUAGGCAAGAGGAGUCUGCUGAGACUGACCCUAAAAAGGUGGCCAUGCUGGGAGCCUCUACCUUCUGUCCCAUGACACCCGUGACCCCAGUGGCUGAGAGUUCUGGAAUCAUCCCCAUGUUACAGAAUAUUGUAUCCACAGUGAAUCUGGCCUGCCCACUGGACCUGAAGUCCAUUGUUCUACAAGCCAGAAAUGCGGAGUACAACCCCAAGCGUUUUGAUGCAGUCAUUAUGCGACUACUGGAGCCUAGGACCACAGCGCUCAUCUUCAGCACUGGAAAGAUAGUCUGCACAGGAGCCAAGAGUGAGGAGCAGUGUCGCUUAGCUGCCCGCAAGUAUGCUCGAGUGAUGCAGAAGCUGGGUUUUCCUGCCAAAUUCCUAGACUUCAAGAUACAUAACAUGGUGGGGACCUGUGAUGUCUGCUUCCCCAUCCGGCUGGAGGGUCUGUUGCUGGAUCAUCAGCAGUUCAGCAGUUAUGUGCCAGAACUGUUUCCUGGUUUGAUCUAUCGCAUGGUGAAACCACGUAUUGUGUUACUGAUCUUUGUGUCUGGAAAAGUGGUUCUGACAGUGCCACCCCAGAGAUGACAGCCUUGCUAGGCGCCCUGCUUCGAAGAUCCACACUCGACACAUUCCAAUCCGAUAUCUUUAAUGAGGCACAGAGCACACGCCUUCUGUUCCAUAGAUGCACAAAAAAAUUUACCCACUUCAUUACUCUCAUCAAUGCCACCUCAUCCACACUUUGUAGACUUCAAUCGGAUCUCCAUCAAUGCAAAACCCUUACUCUGACCAAAGACUAACUAGGUUUGGAUUUACUAGAUUCCACUUUACUUCUCGUUUCCUUUUGCAUUCGCCACUGUAAUCCAAUCCUUCUAAUCUCCACUCCAUAUGACAUCUAAUUCAAACAUAACAUCCGCUUCUGCCACUUUCUCACCGGGUUGCUCUUCUACAUUGCCUGCCACCUACUGUACUGGGCAUUGAUUGUUACGCUUAACAGGGAGGGACCUACCUGAAUGUGUCUAAUACGGUACUAUCGUGACCAUGCUUGAUUUUCAUAUUUAAAAAUAAAUGUUGAUUU